UUCUUGCAUUUCCAUUUUGUAGGAGAAAAAUAAUGUUUGGUUGGAGAAAAAUACUGACCAAAGACCAAGAAAUCAAGUAGACAAUGGAAAUAACAAGAUUGACGUUGUUAACACUAUCAAUACAUCAAAGUCUAAAUAUAACAAAGUAGAAGAUGGUGACGACUACAUUAUGAUCAAAGACGAUGAUGAUAUCGUUAUGAACAAAGAAGAAGAAUAUGAUGAUCUAAUUAUGAACAAAGAAGUAGAAGAUGGUGAUGACUGCAUUAUGAUCAAAGACGACGGUGAUAUCAUUAUGAAUAAAGAAGUUUGUGAUCUAAUUAUGAACAAAGAAGAAGAAGAUGGUGAUCUGAUUAUGAACAAAGAAGAGGAAGAUGGCGAUCAAAAUAUAAUUGAGCCAGAGUUAUUUGCAAUGCAAUUGAAAAGUGUUAACGAAGGAUGCUUGAUCGAAGAGGAAGAUGUUCCAAUGAUUUCCAAUGAUUUUUAUAAGUAUUUAUUGUUGGAAAAUUUUUACAUUAAGUAAAUAGUAGUGAAUUAGCUAUGAGGAUAUUUUUGUAUUUUUUGUUUGUUUCAUUCAUUUUCCUUCC